AUGAGUGCGAAUCUCAUUAACAGUCAAAGUAAACUCUCAUACAAUAUGGAGCGGCCAAUUGUUGUUCAGAUAUCAGACAUUUAUUAUCCAUUUUUGGCCACUGUCGGCGUACCUGCCAAUGUACUGACAAUUAUUGUUCUUGCACGUGGAAACUGUGGUCUUUCAAAAUGUAUCACUUGUUACCUGCUGAGCAUGACAGUGGCAGACUUUCUGGUUCUUCUAUUUGAUGUAAUAUUGUAUGAGAUUAAGAAUGUUUAUUUUCCAUACUCAUUUCUGAAUCAUACUCCUAUUUGCAGCCUGAACCUAGUUCUGAUCUUUGCUUCAAUUGAUUGUUCUGUAUGGUUUACUGUAGCUUUUACCUUUGACCGAUUUGUUGCCAUUUGUUGUCAAAAGCUGCAAACAAAAUAUUGCACCGAACGAACUGCUGUUAUCAUGAUUGGAGUUGUGACCUCUCUAAGUGUGUUACAGAGUAUUCCAGUUUACUUUGUAUAUGUACCUCGAGAAAUAAUUGACAAUGUACCUUGGUCCUGCUAUGUAAAAACGAGCUUCUACACAUCACCUUUAUGGGCAGCAUUAAUGUGGUUGAGAUCAAUUUUAACCCCAUUUAUUCCAUUUAUUCUAAUUUUACUGCUAAAUGCUCUGACGAUAAGGAACAUUAUAUUAGCUAGUAGAGUGAGGAGGGGGCUACGAGGAAAUAAAACUGUUGAGAAACACAAUGACCCAGAAAUGGAGAAUCGAAGAAAAUCCAUUAUUUUACUGCUUGCCAUAUCUGGCAGUUUUAUUCUUUUAUGGAUUGUAACUUUAAUUUCUUAUGUUUGUGUACAUUUUGCAGAAAUUCAGUUUUUAGCAGAAGAUUACAAUUCACCAUUCACUAUUUUGGAACAAUCCGGGUACAUGCUCAGUGUGUUGAGCUCUUGCACUAACACAUUUAUUUAUGCAGUGUCACAAAGAAAAUUUAGACAUGAGCUGUAUAAUAUUUUCAAACACCCUCUCAAUUUAAUUAUAUCUUUGUUUAAAUAA